UCAAAAACAACACUGAAGUAUCAACUUCUGUUCGAAAGAUCAUUGAAGGCUGUUUUAAAAUACCAUGGUACAGCUGGGGUAAAGUACCAAAAGAUUAUAAAGACACAUGAUUUUCAACAUUCAAGUUAUCUGAAAGUCUUGAGACCUUGUGUCAUAAGAAGAGGUGGAUUCCGAAUCCUAUAUCAGGAUGCCUCAAUCAACAAUCUAGUUAAAGACAACUUUGAAAAACUUGCUGGCUUUUCAAAGUCUAAAGAAGAAAAACCAGAUCUGUCUACUCACUGGAGAGUUAUGUUAGACUAUUGGAUAACACCAACAGCCAAAGGAAAAAGGAAAAAGUGCAAAAGCUCGUUCUUCCCAGCUUUC